AUGCCUUCAAUCCCACCCACAAUGGCAACCCAACCCACAAUGGAAACCACAAAGGCAACCACGCUGGACGUGGCUACAAGCUUUCUGAAACGAAGCUCUCUCAGCGACCCCUCUAAAUACCCCCUCUGGGUCUUCCUUAUUAUCGUCGGCUGCGUCGUGGGUGGUCUCAUCGGGUACGGCGUGUGGAUCAUGUACCACGGACUAGACGAUACCAAUACAUUCAAGGAUGUAUCCUACGAGCAAAGGAAAUACAUGCGUGAGGCUCGGCAGCGGAAUUUGAAUGCCUUGGCUGUUGAGGCUAGGAGGCCGGAUAUGAUUAUUCCGGUCGAUCAGCUGAAUUGGUAA